CUUCCCCCCGAAAGUUAAAGAGAAAGGCAAGAUUGUUGCUUCACUGUUCCUACUCAAUAAAUAUUACUUUUACCCUUGAACGGGGAAACAAAAAAGAACUCAUAUCCUUCUCAAUUUUCGGGCUUAGAAAAGCUCGAGGCCUCACAAUUUGCUUUGUAGCCUGGGGGAAUCAAACUAGGGAGGGUAUUGAUACUCCAAAACCCCACACCUCAUCCUUCCGAGACGCCAUGUCUACCAGCAGCUGUAGUUUCAAGGACCGGCGCGUGUCCAUCCUGUGUUGCAAAUUCUGUAAACAAGUGCUCAGCUCUAGGGGAAUGAAGGCUGUUUUGCUGGCUGACACUGAAAUAGACCUUUUCUCUACAGACAUCCCUCCUACCAAUGCAGUGGACUUCAUUGGAAGAUGCUAUUUCACUGAAAUCUGCAAAUGUAAACUGAAGGACAUCGCAUGUUUAAAAUGUGGGAACAUUGUUGGUUAUCACGUGAUUGUUCCAUGUUGUUCCUGCCUUCUUUCCUGCAACAACGGACACUUCUGGAUGUUUCACAGCCAGGCAGUUUAUGGUAUUAACAGACUAGACUCUACUGGUGUAAAUUUCCUAGUUUGGGGCAACUUGCCAGAGGUAGAAGAGAAUACAGAUGAAGACGUGUUAGAUAUCUCAGCGGAGGAGUGUAUUAGAUGACUACAAUUAUGAUAUGUUCAAUAUGUAAUAUUAUAACUUUUUCUUUUGUAAAAAAUAUAUUAAUGGACCAAUUUAAAAAUUGUUAGUAAGGAUUUGUCAAUGAUUUCUUUUUUCAGAAGACAAAAAUGGAGCAUUUGUUGAUUUAUUUAUUUGUUGUCUCAAAUUAAUUACCUGAGUUUAUUGAACCAAUGUAGUUCUUUUCUUCUACAUCU